AUGGGAAGGGUAAUACCCACUUAUCUGGGUACAUGUGAUGAGUAUGGGGCUAGGGUCUCAUUACUUGAAGCGGAUAUGGGACAGGACACUUUUCUUUCCUGUGUUCUGGAGCAUUUUCUCAUGGAAUCAGAUAUUGCAAACUUGUGUGAACGAUUAUCUCUCACAGAACAGGAGGAAGAAGCACUAGUAAUUGAAAAAGAAGAGCGCCCAAACAAAGCCUUGAGAAUUCGAGACAUCUCCCCUAAUCUGUUCCUAGCAGAAUUCGAUGAAAAAAGGGAUAAGGAACGUGUAAAACAUGAUGGUCCAUGGGUCUUCGACAAGCACUUGGUCUUAACCAGAGAUGUUGAAGGCCUUGAGCAAAUUCACCACAUUUCCUUCUCCGAGGCGAAUUUCUGGGUAAGAAUCUAUGAUCUCGUUAUCAUGGCUCACAAUUGGAAGAUGGGAGAAUUUAUUGGACGGCAAUUGGGCAAAGUAAUCGAAGUGGAUAUUGAUAAAAAUGAGUUUGCACGGGGUGAAUAUCUUUGUAUUCGAGUAUGUCUUGAUAUUUACAAGCCCCUUCUACGUGGAAAGAUGAUUAGUGUCGGAUCUUACAAAUCAUUCUGGAUCUGUUUCGCCUACGAACGUCUCCUAAACUUCUGCUAUCUAUGCGGAAUUCUUGGACACAGCCAGAAAGAAUGCUCAAGAUGGCAACCUUCAAUGGAGGCAUACUCAACUACAGAUUAUGCCUAUGGACCCUACUUAAGGGCUGGAAAUCUGGGAGAUUACGGUAGACCUAUUCGUGAUCGUCAAAUGAACUCUACGGCAGAAAAUUCUCUGAAGUCAGAACCAAACUCUGGCAACCAGAAUCAUGGCAUGAAAGUGCCAGAUAUGGCAAGUGACAGCACCUCAGCUGAAAUUCAGGAGAAAUUACGGGGAAAUUAUGGAAAGGAAGAUAAUUUGGAGAUGAUGGAGGCAACAUAUCUGGAGCAAUUACCGGUACAAAAUAACUCUGAAAUUGCAAAUAAAAAAGAAGUAAUUAUAGAUAACAGAAGAAUUUUUGAUAAUUUGCCAAUGAAUACUCCUGCUGACUUACAACCUCUAUCUGAAUUAACUAAGUCAAGUGAGAAUUCAAAUCUAGAAAAUGAUGCCAGCCUCACUAGACAUUGGAAAAGGGUGAAUAAGACGAAGGCACUCAACUCUGUUAUUUCUACUCCACUUGCAAGUCUUAAGAGAUCUCUAGACACAUCAUCUGAAAAUAGCAAAACUAUCCAAACCUCUAAACGACUGAAGGGCAAAGAUAAUUCCCAUGAUUGGAACUCCGACUGCAACUCCCAGAUUUCGGUGGUGGCUAAUACUCAGCCUCACCGAUCGCUAUGA